CAACUCCACACAAGAACGGAUUAGGGUUUCUUCUUAUCAACCCUUUAUAAAACCUAUCCCUGCCGUCCCUCUCCUUGCUUCUUCUGCUAACCAGACCUCAGUUUGAGGCAGAAGUAUAGCAGUAACAGCAGCCGCCAUGGUGAAGUAUUCAAGGGAGCCUGACAAUCCGACAAAGUCCUGCAAAGCGAGGGGCUCCGAUCUCAGGGUUCAUUUUAAGAACACAAGGGAGACUGCAUUCGCAAUCAGAAAGCUUCCUUUGGCCAAGGCGAAAAGGUACUUGGAGGAUGUUCUUGCUCACAAGCAGGCUAUACCUUUCCGACGAUUCUGUGGUGGUGUUGGACGCACUGCUCAAGCAAAGAACAGGCAUUCUAAUGGUCAAGGUCGCUGGCCAGUGAAAUCAGCCAAGUUCAUUCUUGAUUUGCUGAAGAAUGCGGAGAGCAAUGCUGAAGUGAAAGGUUUGGAUGUAGAUGCACUCUUUAUAUCACACAUCCAGGUAAAUCAGGCACAGAAACAAAGGCGCCGUACUUACCGUGCUCACGGAAGAAUAAACCCCUAUAUGUCUUCUCCAUGUCACAUUGAGUUGAUUUUGUCCGAGAAAGAAGAGCCUGUGAAGAAGGAGCCCGAGACCCAGUUGGCAACUAGCAAAUCCAAGAAAUCUCAAGCUCUGUGAAGUGGUGCCUCUUCAUAAGUCAUCCUUAAUUUUAAGUUGGGUCAAGGGCCUCCUUUUUUUGUGUUUUGUUGAUUAAAGGGAGGAAUGUUGCUACUAUUUGAUGAUAUAGUUGGUUGAGCUAUUUAUUUAGAUGUAAUGGAUGGUUUUUUCUUUUUCAUUCAAAACCAUGUUUGGGUAAAAUUCCUUUUGAGAUUUUGAUUGGAAACCUAUUCUUGUUUAGGAGUUGAUUAAGUUGCUUAGAACCGAUGAAUAUGUAAUACUAGAUAUUAAUAUCAUUAUUAUAUUUAGUUAUCCUGGAAACAAAAUGAAUUAUUUUAUGAA